UGUACAAUGUCCAUCAACUGUAAUAGACUCAAGAACUAUUACUACGAUAUUUCAGGAUUGUAUUACGAGAGCGAGUCCCACCAUUAACUACGAGACCGUUUCAACAGUGUUUUUCAAUUCACCUUGGGUCUUUGUGUGUGGGGACUGAAAUAAAUGCGUGUCCCUGGUAGUCUACAGAGGGCUAGGCUACGGCGCAGACUCAAGACAACACAUUCCUUCGACGCUUCGCUUUCUCAGUUGACGCGACGGCGACGGUUUCUGACGUGCAGCAAGGAUACACUAGCAGCAUUGGCCUAGAUAAUAUCUUCUUCGCAUGACAGCGACCCGACAGAGACCAACUAUUUGCAACGCUGCAAAGUGCGCAUUUGCUGUCACAUUCUGACGGAUCGUAACGUCAGGACGGUGCAUUACAAACCACCCGGGGUUGGUGUGCGUCCCAAAAAAAAAACAAGAGGACGACAUGUACAGGCCUAAUCUUUAAACGUCUCGGGCAUAUCCGUUACCGAGAUGAAUUUGACACUGGAUUAAGGUUUCGGUUCUGGCAGUUUGCCGCGCUCCGUUCUAAAGCACCGAAAGAAGGAAGGGCUUUCUGUCUUUACUACUAUGUUAGGUUACCGUCGCUUCCUGGUUUCUUGACGGAUAAAUAAACAACUAUUUACAACCAAUUGCGGUAUAAAAACGGGUGUUAAAACUUUGAGAUGAUGUGUAACAUGUAUCGCAUGACGGCGAAUGGGAGCGCGUCGUGAGGUCACCGUUCGAUGGUUUUUAAUCUGCACAUCUGUCUGUCCUUCUCCCGAGUGAUUUACUGACUGAGUAGCCUGAAUAUUACAACAACAACAACACAUCUAUCCUGAUUUGGACAUCGGACGCCGAUGACUCUAUAGGCUAUUCCACCGGGAUCUAACCGACGCAGCCAACCGUCACCACGCAUGGGUCCGCCGGGGGCUCGGAUCCCACGGGGCUGGAGGACCCAGGCCCGCUGCCAGGAGGAUGGCGACCCGGAGAGGGAGAAGCGAUGGGUGGAACUGUUCGACGAACUGGACUUGAACAGUGAUGGAGUCAUCGAUAUCCACGAGCUCCGGGUGGGAUUGGCGAAACGUGGGCUCUCCCGCCGCGCGGUGGACCGGCAGAUUGUCAAGGAGGGGGACAGCAACAAUGAUGGAGAGUUGGACUUCCAGGAGUUCAGGCAGUACCUCCGCUCCCACGAGGAAGAGCUCCGACUCAUGUUCCUCAGCCUGGACCGCAACAACGACGGUGAGAUAGAUGUAUCAGAGAUUCAGCAGUCCCUUCAAACUCUGGGAAUAGCUGUGAGUCUGAAGGAGGCUGCCACGAUCAUGAAGAGUAUUGACAGGGAUGGUAACAUGACCAUCGACUGGGAUGAGUGGCGAGAUCACUUCCUGUUCAACCCCAUACACAGUCUGGAAGACAUCUCUCGCUACUGGAAACACUCUCAUAUGCUGGACAUAGGAGACAACCUGACCUGUCCUGAUGAGUUCUCCGAGCAGGAGAAGAAGUCAGGGUUCGUCUGGAGACAGCUGAUGGCUGGAGCUAUGGCAGGAUCAGUCUCCCGGACCGGCACCGCCCCACUGGACCGCCUUAAAGUCUUCCUGCAGGUGCAUGGCUCGACCCCGGGGAACCCUGCAGGGGCCCUUGGGGUGGGGAACAUGAUCAGUGGGCUGAGGGCCAUGGUGAAGGAGGGAGGAUUCAGUUCCCUGUGGAGGGGCAACGGGGUCAACGUCAUGAAGAUCGCCCCCGAGACCGCCAUCAAGUUCUGGGCCUACGAACAGAUUAAGAGAUGGAUGCGUGGCAGUAAGGAGAGGGGACCUCUGAGGGUUCAUGAGAGGUUUGUAGCUGGGUCGUUAGCAGGAGCUACCGCUCAGACAGCCAUCUACCCUAUGGAGGUCCUGAAGACUCGUCUGACCCUGGGGAAGACAGGCCAGUACACCAGUGUGUUAGACUGUGCCAGACAGAUCUUCCACAGGGAGGGCAUCAUGGCCUUCUAUAAAGGAUAUGUACCCAACAUCAUAGGCAUCAUACCCUACGCUGGCAUUGACCUCGCCGUCUACGAGACUAUGAAGAAUGCGUGGCUAGCGAGGCACACAGAUUCAGCAGACCCAGGUGUUGUGGUGUUGGUGGGGUGUGGAACCAUGUCCAGUACCUGUGGUCAGCUAGCCAGUUACCCUCUGGCUCUGGUCAGAACACGCAUGCAGGCACAGGCCUCUGUGAAGGGUGGCCCUCAGCUCUCCAUGCUAGGUCUGUUCCAGAACAUUGUGACCCAAGAGGGCGUGGCUGGCCUCUACCGCGGCAUCGCCCCCAACUUCCUGAAAGUCAUCCCCGCCGUCAGCAUCUCCUACGUAGUCUAUGAACACAUGAGGUGGAGAAUAGAGAAAUCUCUGGGAUAGGAUGACACCAUCUCCAUGUUGUGUGGUUGGUUGGUCCUGAAGAAGGAAGGGAUACGCCACUGGAACCUUGGAACCACCAUGACUUCUAGAACUGUUCAUAUUGGAACCACCAGGACUUCUAGAACUUUUCAUAUUGGAACCACCAGGACUUCUAGAACUGUUCAUAUUGGAACCACCAGGACUUCUAGAACUUUUUAUAUUGGAACCACCAGGACUUCUCGAACUGUUCAUAUUGGAACCACCAGGACUUCUAGAACUUUUCAUAUUGGAACCACCAGGACUUCUAGAACUUUUCAUAUUGGAACCAGGGUGACUUGAGAACUUUUCACAAUGAAAGGACCAGUAGCAAUCUACCUGCCAUGACUCAUCAUAGGUGGAAGAAGAGGAUGAGGAAGAGGAGAAGAUGAGGUGUUGAAGUCUUUCUUUCGAUGAUCUGAAAAGAUUGGGAUGUGCUUGUGGACACAGGAUUUAAAUAAACCUCUACCUACGAGAGAAUUUUAAAUUAUAAUGCUGUGAGGACAUUUUAGACAGCCGGAUGAGAAACAAGCACAUUAAACCUUGUACUGUAUUUAGGGUUGCAAAAUUUCAGGAACUUUCCCCAAAUUCCUGAUUUUCCAGAAAUCCAGGUUGGAAUUUUUCUUGAAUCAGACAGAAAUAAGCACAAAAUCCAUAAUCCUCCAACCUGGGAAUUUGGGGGAAAAUGACUGGAUUUUGCAACCC